AUGAAUCAAGUGAACAUACAAAAAUUUCUUUCGGUGGCAGGAAGAGAGGUUAUGAUAAAAGCUGUCAUUCAAUCCAUCCCUACUUAUGUUAUGUCUUGUUUCCAGCUUCCAACAACUUUUUGUGCUGAGAUUGAUUCCAUGGUGUGUCGUUAUUGGUGGGGACAAAGUGGAAAUAAGAGGAAAAUUCAUUGGACCUCAUGGGAAGCUUUGUGUCACCCGAAAUGGGAGGGAGGAAUGGGCUUCCGCCGAUUGGCGGAUUUUAACAGUGCUUUGUUGGCCAAACAGGGAUGGCGCCUCCUUCAGUCCCAUGACUCGUUAUUUGCACGGUUGAUGCGGGCCAAGUAUUAUCCGACCUCGACGUUUUUGGAAGCAGAGUUGGGGUGCAAACCCUCUUUCACAUGGCGGAGUAUUUUUAAUUCUAGACCCCUGUUGAUGGCCGGUUUACGGUGGAGAAUUGGAGACGGACACACUGUUAAAAUUUGGAGCGAUAGGUGGUUGCCUCGGGGUCAUUCUUUUCUCCCCAUUUCUCCUCCUUCUCUUCCUCAGGAUACUACG